AUGUCCGGAAUAAUUGAUGCGUCUUCUGCAUUAAGAAAAAGAAAACAUUUGAAAAGAGGUAUAACCUUCACUGUAAUGAUCGUGGGCCAGUCCGGCUCAGGUAGAUCAACUUUUAUAAAUACUUUGUGCGGUCAGCAAGUCGUAGACACCUCGACAACAAUCCUACUGCCCACAGAUACGUCCACGGAAAUAGACUUGCAAUUGAGAGAGGAAACAGUCGAGUUAGAAGAUGAUGAAGGUGUCAAGAUUCAACUUAAUAUCAUCGAUACUCCGGGGUUCGGCGAUUCUCUAGACAAUUCUCCAUCUUUCGAGAUCAUUUCUGACUACAUUCGUCAUCAAUACGAUGAAAUCUUAUUGGAGGAAAGCCGUGUGAGAAGAAACCCAAGAUUUAAGGACGGUAGAGUUCAUUGUUGCCUUUACUUAAUCAACCCAACUGGCCACGGUUUAAAAGAAAUUGAUGUAGAAUUCAUCAAGCAGUUGGGAUCUUUAGUUAACAUCAUCCCGGUGAUCAGUAAAUCAGAUUCAUUGACAAGAGAUGAACUGAAACUGAAUAAAAAAUUGAUCAUGGAGGAUGUCGAUAGAUGGAGCUUGCCGAUUUAUAACUUCCCCUUCGAUGAAGAUGAAAUAUCAGACGAAGAUUACGAAACCAAUAUGUACUUGCGUACACUUCUACCUUUUGCUAUUAUUGGGUCCAAUGAAGUUUACGAAAUGGGAGGAGAUGUUGGGACAAUUCGUGGCAGAAAGUAUCCAUGGGGAAUACUAGACGUAGAAGAUUCCUCAAUCUCUGAUUUUGUUAUCUUAAGGAAUGCGUUAUUGAUCUCUCAUUUGCAUGACUUGAAAAACUAUACACAUGAGAUAUUAUAUGAAAGAUAUAGAACCGAGGCAUUGUCCGGUGAAUCUGUCGCGGCAGAAUCCAUACGUCCAAAUCUCACGAAAUUGAACGGUUCAUCGUCUUCCUCCACCACAACAAGGAGAAACACGAACCCCUUCAAGCAAAGUAAUAAUAUUAAUAACGAUGUUCCCAACCCAACAUCCGAUAUGCAUGGACAAAGCACUGGCGAGAAUAACGAAACUUACAUGACACGUGAGGAGCAAAUACGGUUAGAGGAAGAGCGACUAAAGGCAUUUGAGGAGAGAGUUCAGCAAGAACUCCUGUUGAAAAGACAAGAACUGUUGCAAAGAGAAAAGGAGUUGAGAGAAAUUGAAGCCAGAUUGGAAAAAGAGGCUAAAAUUAAACAGGAAGAUUGA